UCCCACUCCUCCGAUGGGCCGAAAGAACCGCAACCCCGCGCCAAACCCUACCCCUCCUCCCCGGGCCGCCGGCGGCAUUGCCGCCGUGCGCGCCGACUGUGACAAGGCCCUCGCGUACCUCCAGCGCGGAAACCCGUCCAAGGCGCUGCGACUGCUGAGGGACGCCGUCGCGCGCCACGGCGAGGGGUCGCCGCUCCUCCACCGCGCGCAGGGCACCGUGCACUCCCGCGCCGCCGCAUCCCUCAACGACCCCGCCGCCCGCGCGCGCCACCGUCGGGACGCGCUCCAGGCCGCCCGCCGCGCCGUCGAGCUCGCGCCCGACUCGCUCGAGCUCGCCCACUUCCGCGCCCUGCUCCUCUACGAGGCUGCCAACGACAACUGCACCUACGAGGAGGUCAUCGCCGAGUGCGAGCGCGGGCUCAGAAUCCAGGAGCCCUCCGACCCGGCACCCCACUCGCUCAGGCUGCCUGCCCCUGAACCCGACAAGGUCCGAACCGAGCUCCGCAAUCUCGUCCAGAAAGCCAAUCUGGCCUCCGUAUCCCUGUGGGUCAAGAAACUCGGCGGCGAUGAAUAUGGUGACAAGCUUGGGUUUUUACGCCUGGCUAAUGAGCCCUUGGAGCUCCGGCCCCUACCUGCAGCGCCAGUCCCUCGCCAGGCCAAAGGGAUCAAGAAGGCUACAAACACCGCUGAGGAGCGCCGCAAGAAGAUCGAGGUGCAGGUCGCUGCGAUGAGGCUGGUGGAGCAACAGCAGCUGCCGCGCCAUGCUGCCGUCGCUGCCUCCUCCUCACAACCACAGUCAGAGGAAGAUGAGCCCCCCUGCUCGUCAUGUCAGUCUGAGAUUUGGAAUUGCCAACGAGCUAGUUGCUGUACCAUUGCUUGCUAUCAGAUGUGCCAUUUUUCUUGCUAUAUAAAUUCAUCUAAAAUAUUGAUCUGUCAGGGAAAGUUUGUAUGGAUGGCCGAUGGUGAGGACGAUGGGCGUGUGUAUAUGGGACUUGACCUUGCUUUCGACAAGGACCAUCAUGCCCGUGCUAUCGAGCGUGGAGAGACACUUACGGUAGUGCGAAUGAGAGGUCACACGACGGCUAGCUGGAUGCAAUAUGACAUUCGCUAUGAGUCGUUCUUCGAGCGUGUCGGGCUCCUACCGUUUGUUCUUCAGUUCAAGUGUGUUCCUCCGGUGAUAUGCCAUUCAGCUCUCACAGCACUGCUUAAUUCUUGGCGGUCGGAGAAGCACAACUUUCAUCUCCCUUAUGGUGAGAUGAAGGUGACACUUGAGGACUUCGCCAUGAUCACAUGGCUUCCCAUCAAUGGCCAGCCUAUCACCGAAAAAGUGGACAACAAGAACUGGCAUGUGAGAGUUACCGCUCUCAUUGGUGACUCCUCUGCCUCUCUUAGUCUCCAUGGAAGGACUGACAACAGGACAGACAACGUCCCAUUCUCGUGGCUUGAGCAACAUAGGUCUUUGAUGCCCGGAAAAUGCCAAUGA